UAUGUAACCAAUAGCUAACAGAAUGUUAAAUUACUUGUAACCUCAAAUGUAUGCCAAGUUUACCAUGUUGGCAAAUUAAAAGGGAUGUGUAAAUUUAGGCCAAGGAUUUCCAAAUUUCCCAUCCCCAUAAAUGUUAAGAGAUGCUCUUUCAGAAGAAGCAUAAACAGAAUCUCUUUAAUAUACAAUGACAUCUGGACAUCCAAAAUUGUUAAAUUCAGCUUCUAAAUUCUUUGAAUAACAAAUUGGAUGCAAAGUUAAUGUGGAUAAAGAGAUUAUGGUCAGUUCAGGUGCUUAGGCAGUCUUGAGUUGUGUAAUGUAAGGAGUACUUAAUCCAGGAGAUGAAGUUAUAUUAUUUGAUCCUGCCUUUGGUAUUUAUAAUAUCCUAAUAUAGAUUUAUACAGGCCUAUGAUAGAAUUCUAAGGUGCAAAACAUAUUGGAGUCCCAAUUAUCCCAAAAAAAUUAAAUAACAAACAGGAAAUCAUUAAAAGAUACAGAAAUGGAAAAUUCUAAUACUCAUAGGAUGAUGAUUGGGAAUUAGAUUUCAAUUAUUUAGAAAAAGUAAUCAAUAAAAAGACUAAGCUACUUUUAUUGAAUUCUCCAAUGAAUCCAAUAGGAAAGUAAUUAAAUAGAUUAUUGUAGAGUAUUCAGUACAGAAGAAUAUAAUUAAUUAGCUGAUAUUCUUGAUAAACAUCCUCAAGUAGUUGUUUGUGAAGAUGCAGCAUAUCAUCAUAUUACCUUUGGAAAAUAUCAACCUUUUAAUUAUCCUAGAUGCAUUACUCAUCCAAGAUUAAAGGAUAGAACUGUUUGUGUUACAAGUGCAGGAAAAAUGUAUUCAGCCACUGGAUUAAGAAUUGGAUUUGCUGUAGGAAAUGAAGAGAUUAUUAAAGGGAUAAAGGCAGCAUAAACUUAUCAUAUUUUUUGUUUAAAUCCUGUAAUACAGACUGCAACAGCUAGAUGUUUAGAUUAAACUAUAGAUGGAAAGUACUUUUAAUCUGUUAAGAAUUUAUAUGAAGAAUAAGCAAAUAUGUUAUUAAAAGGAUUAGUUGAAAGUAGAUUGAAUAUGAAUUAUUGGGUUCCAUAAGGAGGGUAUUUCGUAGUCACUGAUAUUUCAGAAAUCUAAAUACCUGAGAAAUAUUUCAAUGACAAUGGAUUUAGAUUAACUAGAGAUUUUGCUUUUGCCUAUUACAUGAUUAAUGAAUUUGGAGUUGUUUGCAUUCCUUGUUCUCCAUAUUAUGAGAAUAAAGCUUUAGGUCAGAAUUAUGUUAGAUGGGCAUUUUGUAAAACAAGUGAAACCAUUUAAGAGGCCAUCAAUCGCUUAAAGUGAU